AUGUGUUUAACUCUGAAUCUAACAGGUCUUGAGAGAUGUGGUAAGAGCUGCAGACUCAGGUGGAUCAAUUACUUACGACCUGACUUAAAGAGAGGAGCUUUCUCUUCAGAAGAACAGAACCUCAUCGUUGAUCUACACGCUGUCCUCGGAAACAGAUGGUCUCAAAUCGCUGCAAGACUUCCCGGUAGAACCGAUAACGAGAUCAAGAACUUGUGGAAUUCUUGCAUCAAGAAGAAGCUUAAGCAAAAAGGCAUCGACCCUAAUACACAUAAACCUUUAUCCGAGAUUGACAAAGACUACAAAUCUCCAAGUUUCUUCUCAGAAACUAAUCAAGACUUGUUUGCCUCAGUCGACAAUUUGCUAUGUUCAAUGAUCCCUACGCAAUACAACACUGAGGAUGCGGUUUUCAACACGGAGCCCUCGGUUUUUCUUCUUCCUCAUCCGGAAAACAAUGUAAGUACUCUCUCUGGAGGAGAUCAUGUAAAAGAUACAGACACUAAUUGGGAAUCAUCAAACUGUGGAAGCAUUAUCAACAAUACUUUGAGCUACCUAGAGAACCCGGGAUUCGAAGAAAUGAAAUGGUCAGAAGAGAAUCUCAAAACAUCGUUCUUCACUGAACAGAAUCAAAGCUCUAACGUGAAAUCAGAGACGGAUUUCAACUCUGGCAUUGUCUUUCCUUGGAGCCAAAGUCAAUUUGGUGACGUGUUCCCCAAGGAUCUUCAGAGAAUGGCCAUCACAUUUGGUCAGACCCUUUAG